AUGAAGAAAGUUCAUUUGUUUAUUGAAGUUGCCGGCGGAGAUAUCAACGUUAUAAACGUAAUGGCUCGUCGUCAACCAUCAACUAAAAGACUAAAACUCUUUUUUCCUUCUUUAAAAAGAAAGAUGGCUUGCGUAUCCCAAUUAGUGAUUAUCCAGUUAGCCCAACGAGAUGAGAUCAGAUGGAGAUAUCUAAAAGCAGGGCCUUUUCAACCAAAACUUUCUAAGUAUCUUGGGACAGAAGUUAGGGACCAGCAUCGUCGAUUUCAAUAUGCUUGGUACAAACAAUUUUCAUGGUUGGAGUAUUCUCUUUCUAAGGAUAAAGCAUAUUGUUUUUCGUGUUUCAUCAUUGAGACUAGAAGUAGCUAUGCUUUAGUUAAUGAAGGGUUCAACAAUUGGAAGAGAUUUAAUAACGGUGAGAAAUGUGUAUUUCUUGUUCAUGUCGAGAGUGUAGCCUCAUCACAUAACAAUUGUGGAUGUGCUUUUAGAGGUCAUGAUGAAUCCCCUCAGUCAUUAAAUCAAGGAAAUUUUAUUGAAAUGCUACAGAUGAUGGCUGCCUUAAAUGAGGACAUUGCAAAGGUUGUAUUGGAUAAUGUCCCUCAGAAUUCCAAAUAUACUAAUCCACAAAUACAAAAGGAAAUUUUGAACAUUCUUGCUAACAAAGUGAGAACGAUGAUUCGUGAGGAAAUUGGGUAUGCAAGUUUUUGUAUUCUUGUUGAUGAAGCGCAAGAUGAAUCUAAAAGAGAGCAAAUGGCCAUUGUGUUAAGAUUUGUUAAUCGCAAGGGCAUUCUAAUUGAGCAUUUCUUUGAUCGUCAGUUUGAGCUUUCUAAUAUUCUUACAAAGUACAAUCUCCAUGUUCACAUGAUGCAUGGUCAAGGGUAUGACGGUGCUAGUAAUAUGCAGGGUGUCUGGAAUGGACUUCAAGAAUUAUUUCUCAAAGAUUGUCCAUAUGCAUAUUAUGUUCAUUGUUUUGCCUAUCGACUACAACUAGCAUUAGUGGCAGUAGCCAAGGAGAUGCCUUGCAUUUGGCAAUUCUUUUCACAUCUUACUUUCGUCGUUAAUCUUGUGGUUUCUUCUCCUAAACGCAUUAGUGAGUUACAAUAUGCUCAAAGGGAUGAGAUUGCUAUAAUGUUGGCUAGUGGAGAAAGACAGUCUGGUAGAGGAGCUAAUCAAAUGAGUUCACUACAACGAGCUGGAGCUACUCGUUGGAGCUCUCACUAUGACUCUGCUAGGAGCUUGCUAGAAAUGUAUGGUGCAUCAUGCAAAGUUCUUGAAAAUCUCAGUAAGAAUGGGGCAUUUGACUCUAUACGUGGGGAAACUAGUGGUGUUUAUGUAGCAAUUACGACAUUUGAGUUCAUAUUUGUCUUUCAUUUGAUUGAUAAAAUCAUGGGAAUCACAAAUGUACUUUGCCAAGCUCUACAACAUAAAUCUUUGGAUAUCUUAAAUGCUUUGAGGUUGAUUUCAACAAUGAAAACUCUCCUUUCGAAAUUAAGAAAAGAUGGUUGGGAUACAUUUUUUGAGAGAGUGAAGUUAUUUUGUGGCCAACAUGACAUUGAUAUUCUUGAUAUGGGUGGUUGUUAUAGAGUGCGUCAUUCUUGUCAACGACAAGAUCCUAUUACAGUUGAACACCAUUAUCACUUUGAUGUCUUCAAUGAGGUAAUUGACUUUCAGUUGAUGGAGUUAAAUAGUAUAUUCAACGAGAAAUCUAUAGAACUUCUUACACUCAGCUCUGCUUUGGAUCCAAUGUUAACUCUUCCUGCUUCGACGACGUCUACAGAAAGAGCAUUUUCAGCUAUGAAACUUGUUAAGACAACACUUCGCAACAAAACGGAUGAUGAAUUUCUUGCAGAUUGUAUGGUUCUUUACAUUAAACGAGAACUUGUAGAGAAAGUCAACUUAGAUUCAGUAAUAGAUGAUUUCUAUUCUUUGAAGUCUCGUCGGGCACAACUUCAAUAG